AUGCCGCAAAGUACCUUGGGACUUGGAGUGCCGUGCUGCCAGGUUGCCGCGGAGACGAGACAUCAACACGCCACCCCUUUCGCCGGGACGGCAGUCAAAACUGAGUGUUUAAAAAUGUCUCAGUUUCUCGGUCGCCAGGACUGUAUAGAAAGUCUCCAAAAAGAUAUCGCCGACCUUCAAUGUGCAAUUGUGGACGCUUUUUCCACAACCGGCCCGGUGCAUGUUUUCUCGUGGAAAUUCCCGGACAAACUCUCUUGUAAUCUGGAUUUGGAUAUGGAGCAAUACAGUUUUCUGGACGGCGAGGAUGAAUUUAACCAGCACGUCCAUAUUGUUUUACUGGAGUUAGUGAUAGACAGGCUACUGCUUCUUGUACAAGCAUCAAAUGCUUAUGUUGAAGAACGGAGCAGUAACAACAGGAAUCAACAAACCGAUCAGAAAGCCUGCACGUCAAUUGGACUCGUUGUUAAAAAAUAUUGGCGCAAUUUACUUCAAUUUUCCAACAUGAAGAAGGAAAACAAGUUCCAAACAGAGAUGUCCAAUCGUGAUGAGUGUGUACCUUCAAUGCGUGCACAUGACAUUUCUGCUUCAACAAACACCAGCUUUUUACCAGAUGAGGAUGCACCCACCCCUCAGUGCCACUCGCAACCCCCCAGUACCACGCACAGCCUCCCAUGCAAUCCUAAAGUUGGCACGCACAAUGUAUACUCUCAAACCGAUAGCCUCACAUGCAAUCCUGAAGUUGGCACGCACAAUGUAUACUCUCAAACCGAUAGCCUCGCAUGCGAUCAUAAAGUUGGCACGCACAAUGUAUCCUCUCAAACCGACGACACGCCCGCUGCUCCCUGCAGUGUAUGUCAUCAAACACAAUCUACUAUUAGAAAGACGGGCAAUGUCCUGGCCGAGCUACUUCAGCGUGAGGGAUUGCCCUCUUCUUUACACCCACUCGUAGAUGCUGUGCAGGAUAGUGUUAUGGGAGAAAUGAGAGCCGGUGAUGCUGCACAGUGGGCCAGUGAGCAGCUCAGUGAUAUGCGCCGACUGUCAAAACAUGUACAAGAUGUGAGGGAUACAGUCGAGCCUCUUAAAAAGAAACUAACAGCAGCAGAAUCAGAUCGAGAUAAAUUAAGGGGCGACAUGGAACGUGCCCAGAAAGAACUAAAGGAAAAAGUGGAAAACCAGAACUCCAUUAUUCUUCAGUUGGAGGUAGCGUCACAGAAAGCACAGACAGCCAGCAAAGAAACUGAACAAAGACUAUCAGAUGAGUAUGAACAACUCAAGAGAGAACAUACAUCCCUAAAGAAGAGUUAUUCCGAUCUGACAGAAGAAGUAGCAAUAGCGCAAGAUAGACUGCAAGAUCUUGAGUAUCAAAGGAAUGAGCUGCAGGAGAAACUGAAAACGCUGCACAUAAAGGAGAAAGCUUGCGCUAAUCUACAAGAGAGAAUUAAGCAGUUUGAAAGUCAGCUCUGCGAGGUGCAUCUACUUCUCGAAAAAGAGAAGGCCAAAUACGACAGUGCAUGUCAUCACCAGGAGUCAAUGGAAACAAAACAAAAGUCUUUGCUACAGAGAGUAGAGGCUCUCGAUGAAGAGUGCGAGGAACUGCAGAAACAGUUGGGAGAGGGGCAGGAAAGAGAGCUGAGCCUCAACAAUCAGCUACAAAGGAUGUCUGAGGAUAAUGAACAACUGCGAACACAGUUCACUUCACAACGGGACACUUGUUCACAGCUACAGAGUGAGAAGCAGACACUACAAACUCAAAUAGAACAUUUCCAGGGCAGUGUGGCUGAGCUCAAGCAAAGUGUGAAAUCAUUGAAAGAGACAGAGAGGUUGCUGGUGGCUUUCCCAGAACUCAGCCCCCUGGCUCAUGCCCAACCAAAGAGUACGGGAAAUGUGCUUUUGGAUAUGGAGCAACAGUUGCAGGCAAACUCCAUUCGCAUUGGCGUGCUGGAGAAGGAGAAUGCUGCCCUUCAAGGCAGUCUUGCAAAGUUAAAGGAGGCAGCCCAGCAGAAUGCUGCUAAGAGCACAACUAAUGAACAGGAAAGCUCACCUCUGCAAAUAUGCAGCAUCUCCCCAGUCACCCCACCUGUCGAACAACUGGCUGACCAAACACAGACGCAAACGAGUGCAUUUAACAGGCAGAACUGCAAGGCACCAUGGUUGGGAAACAAUGACAGAGUAAUCCCAGUAGAGCGUGAUUGGGCGUCAGCUAGUGCAGCAGAUCGCAUGCCACCCACUUGUGUGACCCCCUCAUCAUCCACCACCAUUUCUCUUCAAACCCUUAACUUCAACAUCAGUUCCACUGCUGCUAAAAUUCAAACACGUAACACACGCAAAACCUCUCACUUACCUCAAACCAGGAGCUUAAAGCAGAGGAAAAAAGUGAAUCAUUGACUUUGGUUUGUAUCAAGAUGUGCAGUAAUUUUGGAACAGUUUGCAAAUAUUUGUCUGUAAUGUAUGCUUUGGUACAGUGUGGCUGUUGCUGAGUAUUUGCUGCAGAGGGGGAACACCACUCUGUGUGGAGCUUCUGAGACACACACGCACACACACACACACACACACACACACACACACACACGCACACACACACACACACACACACACACACACACACACGCACACACACACACACACACACACACGCACACACACACACACA